AUGGAGUCAGAGGACAAUCUCCAGCCUCAUCGCAUCCCCGACUCACACCAUCGCAAAAUCGAACUCCAAUCCCCCGCCGACCUCACAUACCUCCAAGCGAAUCUGGUCGCGUCCGCGAAGGAGAAACUCGAUCUUCACUUCCCACUAUCGGCGGCGCAAAAUGGCGGAGCUGGUCACGCGCAGCCCGCAACAGUCAUCUCGCUAGAUGGCGUGGACUCUAGUGCCAGUGCCAUUGCCAGCGCCAAUGGCAGCAAUGGUCAAACACCAGCGGUAGCAGCCACGGUCGGCGCAGCACAGAGACAAGAGCAGGAAGACCCUUUGCGCGCCCGCGUUAGACAGCUCGUGGACUCCUUCAUGGCCAGAACAUGGGAGGGCGCGAGCAAGAACAUCACGGUCAACGGCAUGGAUGCGGCUUCCUUCCCGCUCUUGACCAGCACGACAACCACUACGACCACCAGUACGGAUAUAAAUGCACAUUCGACCGGACCCCAGGAAGAAAGGGAAGGCAUCAAUUUCGUCUAUGAAGCAUACGACACGCGACUGCAAGCCAAAGUGGCAGGAUUGUAUGGCGAACUGGAGACACUCACGGCCCAAGUAAGCCGCUUGAGGAGGACGGCACCGAAGCAAGGAGCCGACGAAUACCGCAACAGGUUGAUGGCGCAGCUGGCCGAAGAGGAAGAACAGUUUCAAGCUGAAAUGGCUGCGUUGCGCCACAAAGCGGCGAGUGGAUCACAAGAAGGUGCUUUGAAGCUGGAGCCGCCGCUGCGGGAAGGUUGGCAUGACGAUGUCAAGACCAUGUUUGAACACGCGACGGGCGAAUUGAUGGCUCUGGCUGGUCUCGCGGGGUCUGAGGGUGACAUUCGGUCUGGUCAGGCCAGCUUGACUGAGACGGUGGGCAAAGUCCAACGGGCGAGGAAUGUGGCUUUGGAGUUUGAGUGA